AUGUCCCUCAACUUUGACACCAAUGCGUGGUACCAAGUCAACGUGACAAAGUUCCCAGGAUCAUCUCUACUGGGCACAUCACUGUUCCAGGACGGCAAGACCGGUGCAGUAUUCUAUCAAAACACCAACACGAGCGCCAAGGGGCAAAGUUGGCAGUUCUAUCCCUACAACUCCUCUGUGUACUUGCUGCGAUGCAAAGAUGGGGGCCCCAACGGCUACCUGGCUGCGGCCGCCGGCAAGACGAACACUGAUCAAUCAGAUGUAACUGGAAAUACCGUCCCCAUUCUGGCCAACUAUAAUGUGACAGAUGAUUCUAUGUUCUGGACGGUAGCCCCAUGGGGUGAUGGGACUUAUUACUUUUCCAACCUCGCCAACGGGUCAGAAUGGCGGCUGAGUGUGAUGGACAAUAAGCUGAUGGUCAUGGACUCCAACACCUUACCCGCACAGUCGGGUGAGCAUUACACUUUCACCAGCUUGAGCACCAUAGGAGAUAGCCGCUACUCGACAGUGGAUACGUACCCGACCACAAGCCAAACAGAAAAUGCGGUUGCGCCGACUACUACUAGCACCAUUAGUGCGACAGGCGACUCUACUCCGUCGCCUUCCGCAGGGUCAUCUCCUUCGCAAUCCUCAUCGGGCGGGUUAUCGACGGGCGCAGCUGCAGGGAUAGGGGUUGGGGUGGGUCUUGCUGUCGCGAUUCUAGUCGCCUUUUUGGCAGUGUUUUUCAUCCGAAGGCGGAAAAACGCAAGAACAGGGCCUGGGCCGGAACAGACGAACCCCGUGGGAGACGCGAAGUACCAACCAGCAGCCAACGGGCACUUUCAUGAGAUGGGCACAACAAACACUUUCCCCGAAAUGCCAACUUCAGCAACGUCACAGCCGCAUGAGGUUUGGGCGCCGCCUAUGGAACUUCAAGGGGACAGCCGACGAUGA